GGCAUUUUCCAGGCAGAGGUGUAGGACUCAACUGAAAGUUCAGGUGUCCGAAUUCUCUCUCAGUUGAGAUGGAGCCAGUCAGUCUUCCAGCCUUGCCCCGGGUGGCCUUCUGUGGCGGUACCCAUGGCAAUGAGCUGUCUGGAGUUUACCUGGUGCGACAGUGGCAGAAGAAGAAGAAGCUGGAGGCGGAGUCUGUCGGCGUGACGACCGUGAUGUCAAACCUGCGAGCAGUGCAGCAGUGCAGGAGAUACGUAGAGAAGGACCUCAACCGCUGCUUCACUACCGCCACCCUCAGCACCCCAGUUUCGGGUGAGACGCCUUACGAGGUUGUCCGGGCGCAGGAGCUGAACGCCCUUCUGGGGCCGAAGGGCAGCGAUGGGGCGAUGGACUUGAUCUGUGAUCUCCACAACACCACGGCCAACACGGGCCUGUGCCUCAUCUCCAAUUCGGGCAGCGAUUGGAUCUGCCUGCACAUCUACAAGUACCUCCAGAUGAAGAUGUCUUCAGUUCCUGUGAGGUUCCUCAGUACCAGUGUCCCUUCUCCAGAGGCCUACACCCUUGCAUCUGUGGGCAAACACAGCCUGAUGAUGGAAAUUGGCCCACAGCCUCACGGUCUGGUCAGAGCUGACAUCUUGAGUGCCAUGGAGGAGGGAGUCCAGCUGAUGCUGGAAUGGAUCCAGCUCUUCAACUCAGGUACAGAGUUUGAGGGAGGAGUGGUGGAGGUGCACACCUUUGUGCGGAAUAUUGAUUAUCCAAGAGACUCAGAGACCCAUGACAUCACAGGUGUCAUUCAUCCUCAGCUUCAGGACCGUGACUUCUGCCUCCUGCACCCAGGUGAUCCCCUGUUCCUGUUGUUCUCUGGAGAGACGGAGAGGUACGGGGGAGAGGAGCCUCUCUACGCGCUGUUUGUGAACGAGAGCGCAUACUACGAGAAGGGUACCGCUCUCACACUCGCCCGCAGGAAGAGAGUGGAGAUUCCUCCACUGCGUGUGAAGAGAGACUGA